AUGCUGACCAAUUUGUUUGCGGCAAGCCUGUUGGCCCUUCAGUCCGCUGCCUUCCUGGUGGUUCCAGACACCAAAGGCCCUGUCCAUCAUGGCGGCUCAAAUCAUUUGAAUUUGCACCUACAGUGCCAUGAAUGCCCGUUUCCAACUACUUCUGAAGGCUCAGUUGUAGUAUUUAACGAUGCUUUUGAUAGCUGGCUGCCUCUUAAUUUCAGCACCAAGGGCAAUACUCUCUUCGUGAAUGAGCAACCUAUCUUUCCCAUGGUCCGCCGGCCAACUUCUCUUCAAGGCGUUCUUCAUCGGCAGUCGGAUAUGAAGGUCUCUCCCCCAGUCCAAAUGGGAUAUGGCUUGGAGUUCCAAGUGGUGGAUGGCCGAGACUCCGCCUCCAACCUAUUACUUUUCCACUUUACCGUCAUUGACCUCGCCGGCUUUCCAGUGCCUGUGUCCACUGUCUACCUGCCUAUUAUCCAAUCUCCAAAUGGCGAUCUUCUUAUUGUCACGGCCAAAGCCAACAUUCUUUCAAUGCCAAGGAAAUCGUGGCGACAGUGUCGAAGAAACCGCAGAUGUCUGAAACAUCUUAUUCUUGCUCGUAUCCGUGCGUUCUUUAUCACGGCCAAAGUUCGAGCCCUUAGUGCCGCAAAGAAACUCUCGUUCAAGGGAAAGGGAUGCCAUCGCAAGCCCCACGGAGUUGGCAGUCCACAUCAUCACGAACGCCCAUCUCACCAGAUGAAACCCCAUGGCGGAUCUUCUCAUCGCCAACAUAAAUCUAUGAGCUUUGCUCACCGCUUCUGCCACGUUUUAAAAACAGUCUUCCUUCCUGGACUUAUUGGCAUCGUCGCCACUAUUAGUGUCGUCAUUAUUGGUAUCCAACUUGCAUGUGGCUUUGCCGCCGUUCGGGCCUACUGCAAUCGACGUCGCACCAGGCCUAUUGCCGAUCAAGAGCAAGGAGAAAUUCCUGAGAAGGAAGCACUCAUGGCGGAUGAACAACCCGAUCUCCCCCCUCAGUAUCAUGAAGGAGAUUACGGAAACAUCACCUUGCCCGCCGAAAAAGAGUAA